CUUCUAUCUACGUUCAUUACCCCAUCCCUUGGAGGAGUGAUUACAGCAAGACCUGGUAGCGCCAGCGCGAUUGUUGUCCCCGAACUACCUGGUGCGUGCCGCGCCCCGGUCUCACCCUUUGAUUACUCGGCCAAGAACCGUCGUGACCAUGAGCUGCCAGUCUGCAGUGCUGAUAGCUCUGGUCAUAUUGCCGCUCGCGGCGACAAUGGUAUCAUUGACGCUGACGGGCGCGAAAUCGUCCCUGCGUCACUCGAGAAUAGCGUUUCCUUAGUAGGGCGUACAGAGUUCUCUUCCCUGUUCGGGAGACAGGUAGUCGACGGCGGUGACUAUUCCUGCGGUCCCGACCGCCCUUGCAAGAACAAGGCCUGUUGUCCCAAGAAGACUGGCCAGUGUAACUACGGCGAGGAAGCCUGCGGCACAUCUGGCAUUUCUCCCAACGAGGUAUGCUGGUCCAACUGCGAAGCGAAGGCAGAGUGUGGCAAGAAUGCGGCUAUUCCUGGUCAAGAGUGUCCCCUGAAUGUCUGUUGCGGCAAGUGGGGGUUUUGCGGAAUGACAAAGGACUUCUGCGACAAAAAGGACAAUGGAGCCACUGGCGGAUGCCAGUCCAACUGCGAUCAGCCAGGUCCUAAAAACAAGGCUUCUGACCAACUCAACCGUGUCAUUGGAUACUACGAGGCAUGGAGACAUGACUCCAAAUGUCAGGAUAUGGGCUUGAAAGACAUACCCGUUAACUCCCUAACUCAUCUGUACUUCUCCUUUGCCUUUAUUCAGCCAGAUCUCCAGAUCGUCGGCAUGGACAACCUGCCCGACAAGCUAUUCACAGAUUUCACGAACCUCAAGAAGAAGAAUCCCGCCCUCAAGAUGGUUAUUGCCAUUGGUGGAUGGACACACAACGACCCGGGGCCUUUGCAAAAGGUAUUCAGCAACAUGGUCAGCACCAAAGCGAGCCGAUCGAAGUUCAUCGGCAACCUCAUGUCCUUCCUUCGAAUGUACGCUUUUGACGGUGUCGACUUUGACUGGGAGUACCCCGGUGCGGACGAUCGCGGUGGUGUCCCUGAGGACGGCGAGAACUUCACCCAAUUCCUCAAAGAGCUUGAUGAGGAGAACAAGAAGCAGCCCAACAAGUACAUUGUUUCUUACACGGUGCCAACAAGCUUCUGGUAUCUGCGCCACUUUGACCUCAAGUCAAUUGAGUAUACCGACUUUGUCAACGUCAUGUCAUAUGACCUUCACGGGGUCUGGGAUCGUGAUAAUCCAAUCGGUUCACACAUUUACGGCCACACCAACCUGACUGAGAUGAGCCUGGCAUUUGAUCUCUUCUGGAGAAAUGACGUCCCAGCCAGUAAGCUGAACAUGGGUCUCGGUUUCUACGGUCGCGCGUUCCAGCUGGCUGAUCCGUCCUGCAAUAAGCCCGGUUGUGUUUUCAAGGGAGGCGCCACUAAAGGAGCGUGCAGUGGUGAGUCUGGCAUCCUGAGUUACCGCGAAAUCAUGGAAGUCAUCAAAGUCAACAAGAUCAAGCCUGUCCAUGAUAAGGAGGCUGGUGUCAAGUACAUUACCUGGAACACUGAUCAGUGGGUGUCAUACGACGACAAGGAGACAUUCAAGCAGAAGAAGGAUCUCGCAGCCAAGCUUGGACUCGGAGGCUAUCUGAUUUGGGCCAUCGACCAGGACGAUGCCGAGAUGUCUGCUUUGUCUGCCGUACUGGAUCCCAAGCCCUUAGGCGACUUCAAGUCUACCGACAAGAGUGACGAGAACUGGACAGGCACCAACGAGAUGUGCUACGUAACGAGCUGCGGCGUUGAGAACUGCAAGUCGGGCGAGAUCAAGAUCACGGACCAGAAGUGCGGCAAGAAACAGAAGAGCACUCUUUGCUGUCCCUUGUCGGGAGCCCCCGACCCCAAAUCUUGCACAUGGCGCGGAGCCCAGGCUAAUUUUUGCAAUGGCUACUGCAAAGACGACGAGGUCAUGACGCACAUGAGCAAGUAUGGCGGCGGCAAGGACUGCUGGGAUGGCCAAAUGGCGCACUGCUGCGAGAGCUCUCUGGGUGAGAAGAACAUCUGCAAGUGGCGCGGCGUUGGCGAACAAUGCCACAGUGGCGAACUCCCCCUGACCUUCUCCGGGACCGUUCUCGACAUCCUCGACGAUGUGGCCAAAGUCAUCUUGAGGGUUCUUGGUCGCACGCACCCGCUCGCAGCUCUUACGGGUCUAGUUCUGCUGGAGGUCCUCGAGGAGCUGGAUAUUGACACCCAGAAGCUAUACUGCUGCCCUGAAAAAGAGGUUGAGAAGUGGAAAAACUGCGCCUGGUAUGGCAAGCCCGGCAACUGCUUCGAUGGCCAUUGUCCCGACAUGAAAACGGUGCAGAUCACCGACUCGUACUUUGGUGGUAGCGAAACCUGCGGCAUCCACACAACCCGCGUCCGCACCUUCUGCUGCGAAUCGGACGGUGAGCCCCUCUUCCUGCCCGUGGACCUCAAGAACCUUUUCGAGCACCCGCCCGAAGGCGGUUCCGACACGGACUUUACUCUCGAGACAGACAAGACGUCGGACGGCGGCAACGAUGACCCUAACGAUGCCGCGUUCCAAUUCGUGGUCCUUGUCUCACCAGAGGCGCUCCAAGUUUCGCUCGACAAACGUGACGGAUCCCAUUGGGACGUCUUUGACUGCAAUGACUCGGUCUCUGAGGGCGAGCAUACUGUCCGUAUGGUCUGCAACGACCACACCCCAGACAGCAACUGCCACAAAAUUGGACUCGGCCAUGGCGUCCCUGGAACGAUUCUCCAGAUGCCCAAGGGCUGUGGCCCAGGUAAGUAUGCCGUCGCCAAGGGCAUGACACCGGCCCCUGGCAGUGACCACGCCAAGCUCCUGCCCCGUCGUCUGUCGCACCUCGCCAGCCUCGAGCCUGUCGUCUAUGAUUUGACUUUUGACUACGAUUUCCACCGAGUGCCGCGUGGUCUUGGCAACACCCAGAUGCGCAUUGAUUACAGCAACCAAGAAGAUUAUUGGGAGAACAUCGUCGCCGGAUCCGUGAGCCGUAAGCGAGAUGUUCAAGGUCGCAAGAGGCUCGCCAAGCGCACGCUCCAAGACGUUGGUGGGAAUCACGUGCGCUGGCUCGAGGAAGAAUUUCGCGACGACUUCCACUUCGAUAAAAUUGCCUCGCGGGACUUGCACGCGCGGUGGUUUGGCAAAGACAUCCUUGAAUGGCUGGCGGCCCUCGUGAAACCCGAGAUUAAACGUGAGUUCACGCACAAGUACGACGACAGCAUCACGGCAAAGUUAUUUGACGAGGCAUGGGACUGCCCCGGAUCAGUAGAGGGCGUCAACUACGAUGGCCAUCUGCUCGGCCAGGCCGUCCUCGACAUCGAGGUCGAGUCCAGCUUCGGCUUCACCCUUAUCGUUGAAAGUCUUACUCUGCCGCUCAACCUCGACAAGAGCUACUUGACCUUCUAUAACAAGGGAAAGGUCACUGGUGUUGUCACCCUCGAGGCCCUUGCCCGCGUGACGUACGAGAAGAAGAAAGUCAUUCUCAAUCUCCCAUUUCCCGGUGCAUCAUUCAAGAUUCCCGGAAUUGCCACCAUCGGCCCCCAGCUUACUGUCGAAGGCACCAUCGAUGCCUCCCUCGGCAUGGCUGGCUUGAUUGAGACCAAGCUCGAAAUUGCCAAAUGGGAAGUCCGUCAAGUCAUGCCAGAUACUAAUUCUUAUAAGCCCGAGCUCAUCGACAACAGCAAACCAAGCCUCGAUCGCACGGGCGACUUCUCAGGCAUCAAAAAGCCCGAAUUUUACGCUGGUAUCACAGCUUCUGGAGAUGUCACCUUUAAGCUGUCAGCUGCUGCCGAAUUUGGGGUUCGCUUUGUCGAUAAGUGGAAUGUUGAGCCGGCCGCCGUUGCAGUUGUCGGCGAGGUCAAGCUCACGACUAAGUUUGCAGCGGGCAUCUCAACAACGGGCACGUGCCCCUUUACCUACGGUCUCGACGUCGGCGCUCGUUUGUUUGCAAGAGCAACGGCGCCCGGUGAGUUUAGUUGGUCUGGUGGCGAGAUCAAUCUGACGGACCCGUGGGAAAAGACCAUCAUCAAGGGCGGCACCUGUCCCAACCUUGGUCCAGUACCUUCGAAGAGAAGACGCCGGGGUCUCGACCAUCUCCUCAUCGAUGGCCGCGCUGAAGACGAAGUUGUGACUAGGAACACGUCGAGAUCAGGAGUUACCGAGCCUACCCGCAAUUUGGAAUCCAUACCCAAUGUCGGCGCCAGCCUGCACACGAGACACAUCGGCUCUCACAUGUCAUCUCUGGCUAAGAGAGGUGCUGUAUACGGUCCAGCAUUCAGCAUCCCCGCCGGCGAGUUCUUCUGCCCUGCUCUCGAUAGUGACGAAGGUAUCACGUGCGAGCAAGCAUACGAUGCCCUGGCUGCGAGCAACCAGGGCGGCAUCUGGCAGGAUGUGAAGCGCAAGAGGGAUGUUCCGACACCGACGUCCACUAUUGAUGAAAACGCCAUCGCUGCGCAUCUCCAUGCUCAUCAACGGCGGGGGCAUAGCCAUGGCGUUCACGCAGGAAGCGAGCUACUGCACAUACUGGCCGAGAGGUCGGGAAGUAGCAAGCCGGUAAGUGCAUGUGAAAGGAUUUGUUACAUCGAGGACGACUUUCCUCCAGGCGGCGAGCUCAAGGGCGAGGAUUGGGGCUGGGUCGAUUCCAAGGACUGCGGCAACUUUGACUUUGGCAGUCCCUUGACGGCACGCUCCGCGGGCAUUUCGUAUCAUACGGAGCACGUCCUCGAGGCGCAGAUGAUCGACCUGUUCUUCCAGCACCUGGAGGCUACGAGAGGCCAGCUUGCCGACCCCGAUCUGAGUGCACCCCAGGGACAACAAGUCUCCUUCUGUGGCUAUGUCAACGCCCUGUGGGAUGUGGCCCCUUUUGCGUGGCCCGGUGUAGCCACGCAAGGCGGCGCCGGAACACUUUGGAAUCCCAUCAUGCACGUUGCGGCGCAGUUUCCGUCAAAGACAUUCAAGAGAUCCGAAUUUGUCGCCCUCGAAUCCGCCAUCAAUACGCCUAGCAAGACUGGUCCAUGGGGAAACAAAAAACCUUGGGCAGAUAACACUUGGACUAGAGAUAUGGCUACAUAUUCAAAAGCCAGAACGAUUUUCUCAAGUCUGCGUGCCACUAUGGGCUCUCGUAUUUACCAGAGCCACCAGAAGAUCCAGGGAAUCAUGGUAGCCCAAACAGACCGUAUAGGCGAUGUACUUGACGUCCUCGACACGACUCUGCUGCCCAACCAUACGCCCGCUGGGUUCCGGGCAUGGACAAGGCAGGACCUCAAGACAUACUGGCACAGGUUCAUGAAGGCUAAGUAUACCACGAUGCAAGCCAGGACUAACCUUCUUGUCAAUACUUGGUUACCUAGAAUGAAAGCUGUGUAUGUCACGCAGGCGGAGAAGGACAGGUGGAGAGACGCGACAAAUGACUCGCCGGCAGUAUUAGUCGAGAAGAAGGAACACCGAGAUUUCAUCGCGGCUAUUGAGAAGUUUGACACAGAAUGGACUGCGCUACCUGCGUGGACCAAUCCCCUAUAG